UCAUCGCUCGCGCUCGAGCCUGAGUCGCGAGACUGGCUGCGGCGGCCACGUAGCGCUGCGGCGGCGGCGGCUGAGGGGAGCGGGAGCCGCGUCCGGCGGCGGCGGGGCCUGGGCCUGAGGCGGCAGCUACGCGAGCGCCGCGGCGGCGGCGGCUUCGGGGGCUGAGCGGGAGGGAGGGCCCCUGGCGCCCGCCCCCCUCCCUCCCUCCCUCUCCCCCACCGCCCGGCAUGGACGGCGGCGGAGGUGGCCAAGAGGGGCUCGGCCUGGAUAAAAUGUUUGGAGGUUGGCUGACUGCUUUCUUCAGAAGAAUAUUUACUACAGCUCUGCUUUUGCCAUAAUACCAGAAUUCUGUGAUCUACGCUUCAGUGCUAAACACCAGGAGAGAGUUGUAUUUUAGUCAUACUGUCUAGAUGGAACAGGCAUCAUCUUGAAAGCCCAUCGUAUUUCACAGCUGCUUAUUUGAUUUUUCUGGGAUCAAAGGGCCUCAAUGAAUCAGGGCCCCCCCAAUGAGUCAAACAGCCAAUUCUUGCCAACAGCUGGUUGAAAACAGUGCCGUGCAUGUAGCAGGGAUGGCGCAAGAGGAAAGCCGUCGUGGUCAAGUGCCACCCACAUUUUAUCAUGCUGCCGGUCAGGAACUUGAUCUGUCCACCAAAGUGUACAAAAGAGAGUCAGGAAGCCCUUACUCUGUGUUGGUGGACAGCAAAAUGAGUAAACCACAUCUCCAUGAAAGAGAGGAGGAGCCAUAUUUCAGGGAGAACAGAUCGGUGGGGGAGGUCCGGGCUGUGAAAGAAGAUAGAGAGAACUCUGACAACUCGGAGGAAGAGGAGGAGGAAGAUGAAGUGACUUACAAAAGGGAGCAGAUUAUAGUGGAGGUAAACCUUAACAACCAAACAUUAAAUGUAUCAAAAGGGGAGAAGGGUGUCCCCUCCCAGUCCAAAGAGACUGCUGUUCUUAAGACCAGCAGUGAGGAAGAGGAGGGUGACAGUGGGGAAGAGGCCACUGAAGACAGUAAUGAUGAUGAGGAAAAUGAGAGGCAGAAGAAAAAAGAGAAAAGAGUGGAAAAAGUUAGUGUUACCCAAAGGAGAACAAGGAGAGCUGCAUCUGCUGCAGCAGCCACAACUUCCCCUUCACCUAGAACCACAAGGGGCCGUAGAAAGAGUGUGGAGCCCCCCAAGCGUAAGAAGAAAGCUGCAAAGGAGCCCAAGGCACCUGUGCAGAAAUCAAAGUGUGAAGAAAAGGAGACUUUGACCUGUGAGAAGUGCCCCAGGGUGUUUAACACACGCUGGUACCUGGAGAAGCACAUGAACGUCACUCACAGGCGUAUGCAGAUCUGCGACAAGUGUGGGAAGAAAUUUGUUCUAGAAAGUGAGCUGUCUCUUCACCAGCAAACAGACUGUGAAAAAAACAUUCAGUGUGUUUCCUGUAAGAAAUCGUUCAAGAAGCUCUGGUCUCUCCACGAACACAUCAAGAUUGUUCAUGGAUAUGCAGAAAAAAAGUUCUCCUGUGAGAUCUGCGAAAAAAAGUUCUACACAAUGGCCCAUGUGCGGAAGCACAUGGUUGCACAUACAAAGGAUAUGCCAUUUACAUGUGAAACCUGUGGAAAAUCGUUCAAACGCAGUAUGUCGCUCAAAGUGCAUUCCCUUCAGCAUUCUGGAGAGAAACCUUUCAGAUGUGAGAACUGUGAUGAAAGGUUUCAGUACAAGUACCAGCUGCGUUCCCACAUGAGCAUCCACAUUGGGCACAAACAGUUCAUGUGCCAGUGGUGUGGCAAAGACUUCAACAUGAAACAGUACUUCGAUGAGCACAUGAAAACACACACUGGAGAGAAGCCUUUUAUCUGUGAAAUCUGUGGCAAAAGCUUCACCAGCCGCCCAAACAUGAAGAGACACCGCAGAACUCACACAGGGGAGAAGCCUUACCCAUGUGAUGUGUGUGGCCAGCGAUUUCGCUUUUCCAACAUGCUCAAGGCGCACAAGGAGAAGUGCUUCCGGGUCACAAGCCCCGUUAAUGUGCCACCUGCUGUUCAGAUCCCACUUACCACAACUUCUCCUGCUACUGCAGUCCUUUCUGUAGCAAACACACCCACCACCCCAAGUCCACCCAUCAACCUGAACCCAGUGAACACGCUCCCUCCACGUCCCAUCCCCCAUCCAUAUUCACACCUUCAUCUCCACCCUCACCCACACCAUCCACACCAUCCACACCAUCUCCCAGUCCCCCCAGUCCCUCAUUUACCCCCACCUCCAGCCCUUUUUAAGAGUGAGCCUUUAAAUCAUAGAGGCCAGAGUGAGGACAACUUUCUGCGACACCUGACAGAAAAAAACAUUUCAGCACAACACCACUAACACCUUUUCCUCCUGCCAGCUGUUUUUCCUCUUUUAUGCACAUGGAAACGUGCCCUCCUGGAAAUUGCAGAGGGAGAGCUAGUGAAGAUCUUUCAAUCUCUUUGUCCCCACUUGGAAGGUCCUGGUACACUCAUGAAUCAGUUAACGAACAAGAAAAUUCCAUUGGAUCAGCAGUGAUCAUUUGAACCAGGGGAACCAAAGGGACUGAAACCCAAUUUGCUUGCGUUCUACUGGUGACUUUUAUAAAUUUCAAAUACUGAGACUUGUGGAAUUUUAUAAUUUCAUAUCAGCUGAUGAGGUAUGCUUGCUUUUAUAUCCUGGACUUCUCCUCAAAGAGGGGAUAGGCCUGGUUUCCUUUGUACUAAUCGGAAAGGCUGUGAGAUUAAUACAGAGCAUUAAUUGUAUCACUGUGUAUCGUAAUGAAUUCUUUUCAGCUUUUGGUGCCGGCUACGGAGUGAGCCAGCCACGUAUCACAGUAUAUCAAGCAUUAUAGAGAAAGACAAAAAAAUUUGUUUGUGUAGCUCUCCUAAUGCACUCUUUAUUUUACUACAGAAAUUAUUUUAGAGUUUUUUGUAUAGACCUAUUUAGUAGUCUGUUUCUAAAAUGAAAUGUAUUUCAAUAAGCGGUGUAAUUUUUUCAGUGUAGCUGGACCUAUGUUGUAUAAUAGAUAAAAUUUUAUAAUCAUCAAAAUGUGAUUCUAAAAAGAUGCAAAUAGCUUCUAUAGUUAAAGUUAUUCUUACAUCCAUACAACUCAAAAGGUGCUUCAGAGAAGAGAGGGACCCAAGAGGUCUCUGGCAAGGCUGCCUCAGAAGUGGUGUUGAUUUCAGAACUUUUAUGUAAUUUAUUUAGUAGUUUUUAAACCUUACCUUUCCCCUUCCACAGUGUCUCUUAGGCUUAUUGAACAAAGACAUUGAGAUACCACACUCCUGCUCUGCAGGUUUCACUUAGUUCAGUUGGAUGGAAGUGUGGAAUGGGUUAGAAAGGAUUACAUCUGUGGGGUGAAGAGACUCAACAGCUCCUGAGUUGUGAAGUCACAGGUGAGUGAGAGAUCUGACUUAGGAGAGGGAAAUAAACUAUCUCAAGUCAGCCAAACAUAUCUUCUUUUAUAUAGGAAGGCCUGGUUUUAAUGUUUGUUUAUGGUAUGAUUUUAAUCUGGGGAUCAUAUCAAAUGCUGCUCAUUCAGAUUGCUUUUUAAAAAUUCCUGGACUUAGGAGAGGAGAAUUAAGUUAGAUUCACAAAUGUGGUGUUUGGUUGAUUGUAAGAAUGAGAAGAGAAGAAAUUUGAAUGGGGAAAUGGUGUUUAAGUAGACACAUUGCUGAGAAAAUGCAGUAUGUAUCCACAGUAUGGAGCUCUGUCCCAUAGCCAUGACACAUUCAGACGAUAUGGGAUGAUAUUGAGUGGUUCAUAGUCCCAUUUUUGGGGCAAAUCUUCUUGACAGUUAUAGGUUAGAAACCUUUGAAUUUAGACAAGUCACUGUUUCAUAAUCUUGUGAGGCACUGAGUGAGUGGCAAAUGACAAGUUUGGUGCAGAGGUGGUGGGCUGGAAGGCCAAAUGUAUCUGUUUUAAUCAGUGAGUGGUUAUUUUUUCAGGUUUGUAUUUUUGUUUAAAUGCCAUUGAAUAUAGCAGCAUUAUGCAAUCUAGGUAAUUAUUGCCACCCUCAAUGAAGAGACAUAGGCUCAGAGCCAUUGUACUGUAAGUUUCAAAAAUGUUUCCUACUAUUUUGUGCUGCUUUGUCAAUUGAAUCCCACCCAAACUCCAUCUCCAAAGACCCCAGUAGACAGAUUGCCAUUUUAGUUAAUGAACUGGGCUUUUGUGGCUGAUAGAUAUCUUCAAAGUAGCAGAAAUGGUGGGAAUUCUCCCUAGCAUUAUUUCUUCAAGUUUAAUGCUGUUAAUCACUAUUUUUUUGAAACACCACAUUCUGUCUUUUGGGAAUUAGCUCCUUAGUAGAUAUUUUACAAAGUUUCUGCCAUCUAAUCAUCAAUGCUUUCUUUUUUUCAUAGGAAAUUUUAGGAACAGGAAUUAGGCCCUUUUGGCCCAACUUACUCAUUUUUGACCGAACUGAAAAUACACACACACCCCUCCCCCGCCCCAUUUCUGAAGAAUAAAAGAAUGUGGGUUUUUUAAAUGUUUCUCUAUAAUAUUUAUAUACAUCCUUUAUCUCAUAGGUGAUAAAGCCAGUUAUGAAGGUGAAUUUACACUCAUGAUUAUGACUGUUGUAUUGACUGUGGCUGGUUCGCCCAGGAAAGUUCUAUGCAUUCCAUGUCAUAUUUACAACCUACGUUUCUGUUGUGCCACGAUUUUAUGGUCAGGCCUGUUAUUAAAAUGAUUUUUAAAUGCUAAAACAAAAUCUUGGUAAAUGAAUUGUAAUCCAGUUUUGCAAAAUGAUUUUCUUCUCAAUAAAUUUACAGUAUUAGGCUGCUAUUCAAAAUUCUAGAAUCUGAGACAGUUUUUCUCUUCUAUGGUACACAGUACUUGUACAUCUUGGAUUUCAGCUGAUUUUUGCCUCUGAGAUACAGAAACUUCUAUCAUUUUGCAGAAGAAAGUAAAAUUGGGCUAGGAAAAAUUAACUUAAUAGUUAUGUUUAAUAGAAUGUCAUAGUACAAAAUUAUUGGAGACAAAUUCUCUGUAAUCAUUUGGGGAAAACUUAAAAUGGAAUCUGACAUGCUUGUCUAAAAGUGCUGCAAUAUUAUUGUACCAUAAAACUACAAACUGCAGUAACAGAGGGUAGGUGAAAAUUCAGAGGAAAGAUUUCCCAUGGCUACUAGCAUAUGUUUAACAUGGCAUAUGCCCUAAAUUAUAUUAACAUAGACCUCAUUUACAGGGUUCACACAAUACUGGAAAAUGUGACAAGCAUUUGUCUAACACUUUACCAUUGUCUGUGAAGAGGGAAAAAAUAUGCAUGAGUUUUGUAAUCACUUUGUGUGUGUAUUUUAUUUGUCUAAAGAGGUUUUUUAGGAUAUAUCAAAUGUUUUGUUCCUGACACUAGUAUGUUUGUUACUCAAUUUUCUAGUGACAGCAAAGUAUUAAAAUACAUCAAAGUUCCAGCCUAGAGAAAAUUCCAGCCCAGAUAUACUAGUCCAGGAGGGAAAAUUAUUUGAUACUUUUUGAGUUAAAAAACUAUAUAACAAACAUGGAAAUGUGGAUUUACAAGAUGCUUUCUCUUUAUUUGUAGAGCUCUGACUCAUUUCCAAAUUUGGAAGCUUUUAGCCAGUGUAGGCUAGUUGAUUUGCCUGUUUAAAGCUUACUUUUACCUACUUUGCCUUUAAAAUAGGUGUGGCAGUGCUUAGUCUCUCCAAGGAGCAGAUCCUCAGUUGGCGUAUGUUCCAUAGUUCUGAAGUAAAUGCAGCAAAGGCAGUUUACACUAGCUGAGGAUUUGCCUCCAAGUUUUGCACGCUUCUGUCAUCUGGACUCAGCUGUUGAAGUCUGACACACUGAAUUCUGGACGGUUCAAAAUUUUCUAGAACCUAAAUCAGUUUAAAAAAUAAACACUUUUUAAAUGUUUUUUAAAGGCAAAAUUUCAGCAAAAUUGACAAACAGUAGUUGUCACGCACAAAGUUAACUUACAGUUAGGAGUCAGACAGCAGCAGCAGUGGGACAGCUGCCCUUUUUUCUUUUGGUGAAUUUAGUGCUUAUGGUAAAUACAAAACUGCUAAUCUUGGAGACAAAAGUCAUUUAGUUUCAGAAAAGGCAGUGGCAGUGCAAGCUUCCCUAUACUGUGUGUAUCUCAGAUUGCCUGAAAGGAAACAGCCUUUCAAGAUGAGCGAGCAGUUCUGUGUCUGCCUGACUACACAAUUGUCGUCUUUGCUGAUACUGCUAACAAUAGUAACAUUUAGCAUCAGUCUAAUUCUUAAUGGAUAGAUGUCUACUUAAAAAAACACCAUUACAACUAAUACUAACACUACUUAUGAAUCAUUAAACAUCUGUUGGGGUAUAAUGAUUUUAGAUUUAGUAUCUUGAGCCAGAUUUCAAGCCUGAGCCCUAAAGAGGGAAAGGCUCUCAUCAGUCAAAUCCACAAUAGGUGGGAUUCUUCUGUUUUCCUCGAGCUUCCUAUGUAUCUCAUUGUUGCACCUUACCCUGAACUGUGAAUUUCUUUGGUCUUGUAAUCUGCUGAUCUUGUAAUGAUUAUUGGUGAUGGUUGCUCUUUGAUGGAGGAAGGAAGGAGGUAAAACUGAAGUUAUGCCAUCUGAAACACAAGCGCCUCCAUGUGUCAUUUUCACUUCUUUUUUUUUUUUAACCAAGUAGGUGAGCAACAAAAUUUAACUCUCCCACCUAAGAAUUAUUGGAUAAAAUUAAUAUUUGUAAUACACUUGAAUUACUGCCUGUCCCUUUGCAGUACAAAUAGAAUGAUUAAUGGUUCAACGGUGAACAGUAUUUGUAGGAGAGGCAUUUUAGAAGUGUUUUUCAGAGUGGUAUGUCAUAUUAUCCAGUGCUGUUUGGACUUUGAUACAGAUGUUUGUGCACUGAAACUUUUGAUUUUAUGACUGUGCAUAUGGAUUGUAUAUGUACAUGCCCUCGAUUUGAAAGUGGUUGAGGGACCUUGUGAUAGAACACCAAGUGACUUGUAGUGAGGCCCUUGAGUAUACUAAGUCAGUAAUGCCAGACUUUCUAGCUCAUGGGAAUUUAGCCCAAACUCAUAAAAUAUUUAAAUGAUUUAUGGUUUAAUUUCCAUUGACUAAUAAUAAAAAAGGAAAAAACUCA